CUUCCAAGCAGUGUCGCUGCUCCUCCACCAGGGCAACCGGGAUGUUGACGAAGAUGAAAGCUUUCUGGCUUCUGCUUCUCUGCUUCGAUAUUCUGACGUUCUCUCUCCUAUCUUUGGCCUCAUCUUCAGACCCCAACGACGCCUAUCCGUCUGGCUACGGUGAUGGUUCUGGUGAACAUUCGUGCAGGGUGAGAGCGAAUGGGCAUGAUCUUGUGCCUCCUCGGAGGGAGGUGUUCGACGAGGGAAGGAUCUUUGACAUCACGCACACUUUCAGGGAGGAUAUACCCUCUUGGGAUUCGUCAGAGGGGCUGGGCCAGUUCCUUUGGCUCCCUGCGAGCAUCAAGAAUGGGUCCCUCGUCAAUGUGUCCGUGAUGAAGUUGACCGCCCACACCGGCACCCACGUCGAUGGCCCCGGCCACGUCUUCGACCACUACUUCGAUGCUGGUUUCGAUGUUGACACACUCGACCUCGCCGUCCUCAACGGUCCUGCACUGUUAGUCGAUGUUCCAAGAGAUAAAAACAUAACUGCGGAUGUUAUGGAAUCCUUAAAUAUUCCUAGAGGAGUUCGUCGUGUUCUAUUCAAAACAUUAAACACUGACAGGCGACUUAUGUGGAAGAAGGAAUUUGAUUCAAGCUUUGUUGGAUUCAUGAAGGAUGGUGCCAAAUGGCUGGUAGAAAACACAGAUAUCAAGCUUGUGGGAAUUGAUUACUUAUCUGUAGCUGCCUAUGAUGAUUCAAUUCCUGCCCAUUAUGUUUUUCUAGAAAGCAGGGAAAUCAUUCUUGUCGAAGCCUUAAAGUUGGAUGAUAUCAAGCCAGGAAUAUAUUCUCUGCAUUGCUUACCUUUAAGGUUACGUGGUGCUGAGGGAUCACCAAUAAGAUGCAUUCUCAUCAAGUGAUAAUUUCUUGUAAGUUUAAUGUAGCAAAAUA